AUGGAAGAUAUAAAAAUAAGUUAUGAAGAAAAAGAGAAACUUCACAAAGCUUUCAGACAACAUGAAUUUCGAAUAUUAUUUGAUGAAUAUUUCGACGAAAUAUCAAAUGAAAAAUAUAGAAAAGAAAAAGAAGAUUAUUUAUUAAGUUUAUAUUUUAAAGGAGAGUUGAAAAAAGACCAAAUAAUAAUUCAACCUAAAGAAGCCUUUUGUAUUAAAACAAAAAUUCUUUAUUCUAAUCAAACAAGUCAGAAAAUAUUUUUAAAUAUUUGUACUCAUGAAGGUAUUCAAAAUAUAUGUUUUGAAAAUGCUGGUAGUGGUUCCGUAGGUAUUCCAUAUUCUCUUUCUCAGAUUCGACCGGAUAAAUAUGGAAAUAAUAUGAGCUGUCUAAGCAUCGAUUGUUGCGUAAACCCAUUCACUAUAGAUGUUAUAAGAAAAUACAAUGAGGUUUUUAAUUUUAUGUUAGAAGAUGUAUGCUUAAACAUAGAGAAGAAUAUAAUGAAAGACAAAGAAAGGAUAUGCCGGGAUUUUAAAAUGUUGAGUAACAUGAAAUGCAAAGGUGAAAAACCUUUUUUAUUAUGUAUAAAUAAGAAUGUGCUUAAGAAGAAUAUUUUGCUAGAAGAAGAAAAAAAAUUAGAAAAGCUUAAAAAAGAAUAUGAAGAAAAAAAUGAAACAAGUAAAGAUGUGGAUAAUGUAUUAAAGAAAAGUAAAAUUCAAACAGAAAUAAAAACAUAUAACCAGGAGGAAAUAAAUAAAUCAAAUAUACAAAUAUUAGAUGAUAAUAAUAAUAAUAUGAAAGAGGAUGUUAUGGAAAAUUAUAAGAAGGAUGGAAGGAAGAAUAAAUUUUUUAUAUAUCAUCAAGGAUCCAUAAAUAUGUCAUCCUUUUUUAAAACAAAAGAAUAUAAAAAUACACCCAUUUCACUUAACUUACCGGAUAAAUUAAAAGUUGUAAUAUAUACAGAUAAUUAUGUAAACAAAAAUGAUAUUAAUAUAACUAUUCAAAGAAAAAGAAAAAUCCUCGAAAUAAAAUUUAAUAACAAGGAAAAGGAUUUAACUAUUAAUUUACCCUACCCAUGUGAUGAAAAAGAUUAUUCCUGUGUUUUACAUAUAGAAAAAAAAAAAAUCGAAAUAUAUUUGAAAUUGCAUGAUGAAUAUGUUAAAAGGUAUGCUCAAGAAAUUUAUGAUAAAUAUAUUUCUGAGGAAAAAGAUGCGUUUGGUUAUAUUGAUGAGGUUGUUGAACAGUAUGAGCAGGAAGAAAAAAAUAAAAAUAAAAAUAAAAAUAAAAAUAAUGGAGAUGAAAAUAGUGUGAUGGAAGGAAAUAAAAAUAAGGAAGAGGAAAACAUUGUGAUGGAAGAAAAUAAAAAUAAGGAAGAGGAAAACAUUGUGAUGGAAGAAAAUAAAAAUAAGGAAGAGGAAAAUAUUGUGAUGGAAGGAAAUAAAAAUAAGGAAGAAGAAAACAUUGUGAUGGAAGAAAAUAAAAAUAAGGAAGAGGAAAAUAUUGUGAUGGAAGGAAAUAAAAAUAAGGAAGAAGAAAACAUUGUGAUGGAAGAAAAUAAAAAUAAGGAAGAGGAAAACAUUGUGAUGGAAGAAAACAAUGAACAUAAUAAAGAACCAUUAAAGCAUAAUAACCACUGUGAGAAGAUCAAUAACGUUUCUGAACAAAUGUAUGAUAAUAAAAAAUAUGAGAUUGAUAAUUCUUCUGUACAAAUUAGUGAGGGUAUAUUAGAAGGAGGGAACCGAAUAGAGGUGGACAAAAGAGACAAUAAAUUAAAACUGAAGGAUAAUAAAAAGUGUGUGUUUAAUUUUGAACUACAGGAAAAGGUGGAUCAUGAGAAUAUAUUCCCUAGCACAAGUCAAAAUAGAAGUAAUAAUUUAUUACAUUAUAAAGAGAAAGAUAUAAGGAGAGAUUUGAAUAUAGAAUUAAUAAACGAUUCACCUACAGUAGUUGAAAAAUCGAAUGAUAAGGAAAAAAUAUUUUCCCCAGUAAAUUAUGACAAGUGUUAUAUAAAUAAGUCGUUUAUAGGGAAAGAAAAUUGUAAAAAAGAAAAGAUACAUAUAAGUGAACGAGAUUUUUUGAUUGAUACUUAUAUGUACGAAGGUGCAGACACGGGGAUGAUUUUGUCUAGUAUGUUAUGGUAUACAUAUAUAUAA